GCAGAGCGCAUCCGCAUCACGCCCACCUUCGCCGCGGGCUGGCUGCUCGUCAUGGCCGGGGCGCUCGUCCGCCUCGCCUGCUACCGCACGAUGGGCAAGCACUUCACGUUUGAGAUCACGAUCCGCAAGGACCACCGCCUGGUCACGAGCGGCCCGUACGCGGUCGUGCGCCACCCGAGCUACACGGGGAUGGCGAUGGUCGCGCUCGGGACUGUUGUCGCAUUCCUGGGGAGCGGGUCGUGGUUGAACGAGUGCGGGGCGUUCGGUACGACGCUCGGGAAGGCGUUCGCAGCGGCGUGGGUGGGGGAUCUGCUGUACGUCCCGGCGGUGAUGGUGUUCAUGAGGGUGAAGACCGAGGAUGGUCUUCUGAGGAAGGAGUUCGGGAAGGAGUGGGAUGAAUGGGCAAAGAAGACGCCGUAUGCGUUGGUUCCUGGGAUUUACUAG